AUGGCUCCCUCCGCUAUCACCCCCGAGACCUCUCCUGAGCGUCAGAUCUUCACCAAGAAGCCCGUCGAGGUGACGCAGGAGCAGCCUUCCCGCCUCCGCUCCGGCUCCAAGACCAUCAGGCUCAACGACAACACCGAGAUCCCCCAGGUCGCCCUGGGAGUGUACAAGGCCCCCAACGGUCAGGAGACUGAGGACGCCGUCACGGCCGCCCUCGACGCCGGCUACCGCCACAUCGACUCGGCGGCCCGCUACGCCAACGAGGAGGCUUGCGGACGCGCCAUCCGCCGCUGGCUGGAGCGCACCGGCACCCCCCGAUCCGAGGUGUUUGUCUGCUCCAAGGUCUGGGAUGCCGACCACGGCUACGAGGCCACCAUGAACGCUCUGGUCGACUCGCUCGACAAGUUUGGCCUCGACUACCUCGACCUGUACCUGGUGCACUCCCCCGGCGAGUGCGAGAAGAAGCGCAUCGAGACCUGGCGCGCGCUCGAGACGGCCAAGCGUCUCGGCAAGGUCCGCUCCAUCGGCGUCUCCAACUUUGGCGCCUCCCAGCUCCAGCACCUGCUCGACAACGCCUCGAUCGUGCCGACCGUCAACCAGGUCGAGGUCCACCCCUUCUGCCAGCGUGAGGCCCUCGUAGACCUCUGUGCCAAGAACGGCAUCCUCAUCGAGUCGUACAGCCCCCUGGCCCGCGGCAACAAGCUCGAGGACCCCAUCAUCGGCGAGCUCGCCAAGAAGUACAACCGCACCCCUGCCCAGAUCCUCCUCAACUGGAACGCUGCUCGCGGCAACAUUGUCCUCCCCAAGUCCCUCACCCCGUCGCGCAUCCAGAGCAACCUCGAGUCGUUCGACUUCACUCUGGACCCGGCCGACAUCAACAUCAUCAACGCCCUGGGCAGGGAGAACUACGUCACUGGCUCCAUGCACAAGUCUGCCGACUAA